GGCGGAGAGUGGUACCCCCCGUGCGCACGCGGCGUUGCGAGCUCAGGGAUGCACGCAGAGAGAGGCUCCACGCCCGCCGCCACUCACGCACCUUUAUUAGUCGUCGCUCUCCGCCUGCCGAUGUGAUUACACCUGCCCCGUCCUCUCCCUCGGCCGUCCUCCUCCCUGGCUUUUACGCUCUGACAUCGUCGCCUGCGUCUCCUCCUCCUCCUCCUCAUCCUCCGCCUCCUCCUUCCCUUCCUCCUCGACCUCCUUCACGCACUCGGCGCGACUCAUGUCCAAAGUCUGAGAUGGACGUGGAGGCGGCGGGCAUGGUGGUGAAGGGUCCGUGGGACGACGACGUCCGCGCCGUCCAGCAGCGCCUCGCGGACAUCUUCACGAGCGUGUUCACCACGUGUGACGUGCCCGAGCACGCCAUCCUGGGGCCCUGCCUCCUGUCCAGCGCAUCCUUCAUCGACACCAUCGCCUUCAUCGCGCUCAAGGCCGUGGACAAGCGCACCGCGCCCUACGUAUUCAGGGUGGACACCACCGCGUCCCAGGGCGCGGCGGACGGCGUCGCGUGGCUGCGUCUGGUGCAACCGGCGAGGGACCGCGCCGAGCAGAAUCUCGAGGCCUACCUCAAGAACGGGCAGCUCUUCUACCGCUCGCUGCGCAAGAUCUCGCGCGACGAGGAGCUGCUGGUGUGGUACGGCAGGGAGCUGGCCGCCCUGCUGCGACUCGACGACACAGUUCCGCACAAGGCCGCCAACGGCGUCUCCCCAUCGUCCCCGCUGCUGCGCUGUGGCGAGUGCCAGCAGGCGUUCCACUUCGAGUUCCCCUACGCGGCGCACUUGCGCUUCCUGUGCCAGAAGCGGCGCGACUUCUCGAUCCUGCACGAGAACCUGCGCAUCCUCGCCUUCCCGGGGGGCGGCCCCGCGCACCACCACCACCACCACGGGGUUGGCGGCGGUGGUGGCGCCGUGCUGUCCCCGGCGGCCCUCCUUCACCAGCACCUGCUCGAGGGCAAGCGGGCGGCCGCCGCGGCUGCCGCAGCCGCAGCCGGCCUCUUCCUGGAGAGCGGAAAGCGCGUCACCAACUUCCACAGCCUGGCGCACGACAUGGAGAAGGCGCGGCGGCCGUCGAGCGACGCGGACGAAAGGACGCCCGCCAAGAGGGCGCGGGCGAGCGCUAAACCGCUGCCCGCCUCGGGUGACUCCCCGCCAGCGGCUGCGGCCAAGGGCGACUGUGCGCUCGUGAGCAAGGCCGCGUCGGUGCCCGUCGCGGGCGCUCUCGACGAGCACCGCGACGCCACCACCACCACCAACAUCGGCGGCUGCGACGGGGCUACCCGCGACGAGCGAGUGGUGAAGGACGACCGCGAGCGCUCCUCGGAUGACGUCGACGAGGUGCGGGAGGCGCCGAGGAGGCCGUGCUACGCGACGGACGCGCUGCAGCAGCAGCAGCAGCACGGCUCGAAGCGCAGCGCGUUCACAGAGGUGGUGCGCAAGGCGGGCAAGGAGCGCGCCGAGGACGAGGCGUGCGAGGCGUUCGCCGCGGCGCUCAGGAGCCGGAGCGCCUCCGCGGAGCUGUGCGGCGGUGCCAAGACUCUGUCCGAGACGCGCGCCGAGGUGGCCAUCAACGCCGCGGCCGCCUUCACGUCGCUGCUCAAGUCGCCGCUCGGCGGCGCGGAGCGCAAGAGCGCCUUCUCGCAGCCCGUGCGGCCAUUCGCGCAGCUCUCCGCCUCCAUGCUGCCUCCCUCCAUGCAGGGCUCGAAGCAGCACGGCCUCGAGAUCAACGGAGGAGGCGGCUUGCAGAACGCGUACAAGCAUCACCAGCAGCAGCAGCAGCACCACACGCCGCACCAUCAUCAUCACCACCAUCAGCAGCACCAUCAGCAGCAGCAGCAGACCCCGUUCCUACUCGCACCCGCCUUCUGGCCCAAGGCGACCGCGAUCCCAGUGCAGCUGCCCGGAGCGCUGCCCCUGCUGCCCCCGACGCUCACGCCGUUGGGGCUGCCCGCGCAGAACUGGUGCGCCAAGUGCAACACGUCGUUUCGGAUGACCUCCGACUUGGUGUACCACAUGCGCUCGCACCACAAGAAGGAGUACGCGGAGGAGCCGGUGCUCAAGCGGCGCCGCGAGGACAAGCUCAAGUGCCCCAUCUGCAACGAGACGUUCCGAGAGCGUCACCACCUCUCCAGACACAUGACCUCGCACAAUUAAAGGCCCCCCCCGGCUUUCGCUGGCUUUGUUGCUCCUACGACCGGGGUUUAACUGAACCCAAUUCACCCACCCCACACCCACCACCACCCCACCCCCACCACGGACGUGCAAUUUUCAACGUUGUUGUUGUUACCAAAUCGUCUCCGUUGCGCGCUGCACGCGGCUGGUGAUUGCAAAACAAGUCCCGCGUGACGAAGAGAGCGCCGAGUGUAAUUCAUAGUUAUUCGUGGUGUGUGUGUGCGGGUUACGUCUGGAAGACAAAGGCGUGGGCACGGGCGUGACGUUGGCCACACACCAUCCCGUGUUGCCCUGCCGGCCUUGAUAGGUGCUCGCAAACAGCGCUUGUCCCCCAACAGUCUGUGUUACAGGCGACACGGAGCGGUGUCUGUCCCUCGUCAUCGUCCGCGCAGGUCACGUGUGAUUUAAGCGCCGAUGAAAUCGUAGAGAUCGUGUGUGCGACGCAGGCCUCGAUAUUUCAUGAGACAUUCUCGGAACACCCCCGAGGUUACGGAUCUCCCCCCACGGCACUCCCACCACCCCCCCCCCUCUCUACAGCGCGCGGGUUUGGGGAGGGGGUAUUUUCAGGAGAUCAGCCCCGGACAGCUCCGACUGAAAUGAAGCAACGUCUGUGUACGUGUGGAACUCGAGUACAGAUCUGGCGUGCCCCACGCGACGCACCCGAAAUUUGAAUCGGCCCCUUCCAGCGUCACGUCAUGUUACGUGUUUAGCAAUCAUCGGGCGCGUGCGGCGUGUAACACCGUGAUUUGUAUCUGCACGGAGAAAAUUGCUGAAACGUUGAAAAUGCGGACCGUGUUUCUGUCGCGAUGACUGGAUUUUGCAAGACUCUGCGCUUGGGCCAGGCUAAGCAGAGAUCAUGUAUAUACUGUAUAUGGUAUAAACGUAUAUAUGAAACACAGUGUAUAUACGGUAUAUAGAGCGCGCAUGUUGCGCCUUUAGAGAGGUAUUUAUAUAUACAGUACACGAGACGGGGUUCAAAACGUUCCGCGUUACGAGACACUGGGCCCUGUCGCGCGAGCAGCAUCCCAUAGCCGUCUCGGCGACGAGUCGAUCACCAGUUACGUCGACUUGUCUGCCGAGUAGCACGCUUGGUCAACGUACGGCGCGAAAGAAGUUCAGAACACACGCACGCACGCACGUCCGUGCAGAAAUGUCAAGUCGGCAAAUGCGGCCCGCUUAAGGCUCCUCCUCCGAGGGGCUAGUAUGGAUUUUGUGUCCAUCCAACCGCGUCGCUGAUGCCACUUAAACGCGAUAUGAGAAUAAGGACCCCGCCCAUGUAACGCUGUACACGUGACAGUGCGUUAGGUGUAUUUCAUACUAGUCUAUUUUAAUUACUCCGAACCGUAAUUGGUAAUAAUUCACAGCCCUUUGUCAAUCCAAAGCUAGAUGAAGGUCUUCGCUGCGCCGUGUCGCUCGGGGCGGUUCCUUUGACCAUACUUCACCACGCUGGUCAGUGCGGGUUGGUGAAGGUGUGGAGAGGGAGGAGGUCUGAUCGACUUAAUAUGACUCCCCGUGGAUGGCGAGCCCACGAGCAGAAAUCUAACUCGGGUCAUCAGCGUCGCAGCUCAUCGCGUUUGUCGGUGGUGAUUCUGAACGUGAUGCCGUAAACUGCGUUGGGGGGGUACGUCGAUAAGAUUCGGAUCUCGAAGGGUUUUGACCUCCCUUCGUAUAUCGCGGGUUUGUAUGACAAGACACGUGGAAAGGUCAACGCCGUUACAAUUUCGUACCCUGCUAGCGACACGCGUUCGAGAGAGACACGGCGAUAGAGACGUCAACGUUCACAAGGGACGGUAGAGCGAUUAACACAACAACGUCAAAGGUUGUUAUAGAGGCACAGAUGUUGAAGCACUUUUUGUUGUUGUUGUUAUUGUUAUUUUUAAAAGGCAGAGUCGUUGCCAAUUGUAAACGCGCGACGUGGAGAUUGAAAUGCGGCGGUCACGUGGCAAUGGACGUGCGCUCAAUUUAAAAUGAAACCUAAACGAUCGUGGGGUACAUUAAAUGGCGAUUUCAAAGGACACGUACUCACUCCACGCACUUGAAGUCAAUUAAGCGUGAUUAGUCAAUUGCGUAAAUAAUUAAGCGAUUGAUCAUUAUGACGCGAGUUGGCCACAGGAGGUCACGUUGGUGUUAAUGUCAUUACCAAGUCGCCGCCUAUAUCCCGUGCACGUUGAAUGACAGAAACACACAUUGCACACAUUACCAUGGACAUCGCAAUCAUCUGGUGUAACACCACCACGUUGUUACCCCCCCACCACCGCCUCCAAGCCCCUCGUAAUGAUCGGUAUAAUUAACAAAGACUCAACACACUCGUCAAUAAUACCACCGUGAACGGAUAAAGAUGUAAAACGGGCCAGUGUCACUGACAAAUGUGAGUUUUGUGAUUUGUGCUUUAUGCACAACCACAAACCACAGCGGCCCACGCAGUAUCACAAUUAUUUUGUUGACUAUAAACGCGUAAUUAAGACGCAUCAAGAAUGACACGGACGGCAUUUGAAGGGGAAUAGAAUUAGCUCUCCGUCAGCAGUGGGCACAGCGUCUUUGCCAUAGCGGUGGGGGGAGGGGGAGUGCCGGUUA